AUGGGUAAUAAUGUAUCAAUUAAUACAAAUGCUGAAGUAUUAGAACUUAAUACAAAUGAAAUAGUUGAGAAAAUUAAUAGUACUGAUGAAGAAAUAGAUUCUGAGCUCAUUUUAAAUAAAUCAGAUUGCAUGCCAGUUAUCAAUAAAUGGUUUAUAGAAUUAGACAAUGAAAUAUAUGAAACAGACUAUAGUUUAGAUAAUGAAUUGUAG